UUCUCUCUAGACUUUUUGAUAAAGUUUUUUGAGUUUUUAAUUUAAUAUUAAAAAAAAAAUAAAAUUAUUUUUGCUGUUGUAAUAUUUUGCUUUUUAAAUUACAAAUUAACAGAAAAAAAUAUAAUAUAUAUAUUUAAAGAAAAGGAUUUAAUUUAAUAAAAGUAUUUAUUUAAAUUAUUUAUUAAACUAAAAAUUAAAAAUUUAAUAUCCUGUGCUUUAUUUAAUUAAAAAAUAUAAGACAAGUGAUUUUUUUUUGAGAAAAAUUAAGAAAAUUUAAUUGCCCCAAAAAAACAAACCUGUGUAUUAAAAAGGAAAAACAAAUUGUCGAAGCAAAAUUAGACGCAGCUAAGUAAAAGGAAUUACAAAAGAAAAAAGGAUUUAUUUAAAUCGUGAAUUAUAAAGUAUAACAUUUUAGUUUGUUAUUUAAAAUAAAAAUUUGGUCAGACUCUGGUAGUCAGAAGCUUUGCAAAAUAAAAUAAAGGAAAAUCAAAAGGAUUUCUAUAAUCAAAAUUUUAAAUUGUUUUAAAAACUAUAUUAUUAAAAGAAAAUCAAAUUAAAUCAAAAAUGGCCGUAGCUGCAGCACAAAAAAAUCGUGAAUUAUUCGCUAUCAAAAAAUCAUACAGCAUUGAGAAUGGUUAUCCAUCACGCCGUCGUUCAUUAGUAGAUGAUGCUCGCUUCGAGACAAUUGUAACAAAACAAACUAAACAAACAGUAUUAGAAGAGGCUCGUCAACGUGCUAAUGAAGUUAGCUUGGAAGAUUGUAUGAUCCAAGCUCAAGCUCAAGAUCAUCAUGUACCACAAUCGGAAAAUAUUGAUUUUCAAAAUGAGGAACAACCUCAUCAAUUAGAAGAUGCCAAUAUUCCAAAUGAAGAUGACGAUCAAGGUGUAACAAUCGAAGUUGAACCUGUAAAUGGCAAUGAAAAUAACGAAGAAUCAAACAAUGAUUCUAAUAAUGACUAUGGUUUAACUGAAGAAGAAGUUAUACUACAAAAUGUUGUUUCUGAAUCACCAGAAGCUGAAAAUACUGUACAACAUGCAGCAUUAGUUGUACGACUUAAAGAUAGUAUGGUAUCAUUAGGACGUAUCCUAAAAGCAAUUGAAACAUUCCAUGGUAUUAUUAUACAUUUAGAAUCAAGACCAUCAAAACAAGAUGGUAUUCAACAUGAUGUAUUAAUUAAAUUAAAUAUGACCAGAGGUAAUUUAUUACAAUUGAUUCGUUCAUUACGUCAAUCUGCUGCAUUUGGUGGUAUUACAUUAAUGGCUGAUAAUAAUAUUAAUGUUAAAACACCAUGGUUCCCAAAACAUGCAUCCGAAUUGGAUAAUUGUAAUCAUUUGAUGACAAAAUAUGAACCAGAAUUAGAUAUGAAUCAUCCAGGUUUUGCUGAUAAAGUAUAUAGACAACGUCGUAAAGAAAUUGCUGAAAUUGCAUUUGCAUACAAAUAUGGUGAUCCAAUUCCAUAUAUUCAAUAUACUGAUGUUGAAAAUAAAACAUGGCGUUCAGUAUUUAAAACUGUACUUGAUUUAAUGCCAAAACAUGCAUGCGCUGAAUAUAGAGCUGUAUUUAAAAAAUUACAAGAUGAAAAUAUUUUUGUUGAAGAUCGUAUACCACAAUUAGAAGAGAUGAGCUCAUUUUUACGUAAAAAUACCGGUUUCUCAUUAAGACCAGCUGCUGGUUUAUUAACAGCUAGAGAUUUCUUAGCAUCAUUGGCAUUUAGAGUAUUCCAAAGUACACAAUAUGUUCGUCAUGUAAAUUCACCAUAUCAUACACCAGAACCUGAUUGCAUUCAUGAACUUCUUGGACAUAUGCCAUUAUUGGCUGAUCCCAGUUUUGCACAAUUCUCACAAGAAAUCGGUUUAGCAUCAUUGGGUGCAUCAGAUGAAGAAAUUGAAAAAUUAUCAACUGUAUAUUGGUUUACUGUUGAAUUUGGUUUAUGCAAAGAAAAAGGACAAAUUAAAGCAUAUGGUGCUGGUUUAUUAUCAUCAUAUGGUGAAUUAUUACAUGCAAUUAGUGAAAAACCAGAACAUCGUCCAUUUGAACCAGCAUCAACAGCUGUACAACCAUAUCAAGAUCAAGAAUAUCAACCAAUUUAUUAUGUAGCUGAAAGUUUUGAAGAUGCCAAAGAUAAAUUCAGACGUUGGGUAUCAACAAUGUCACGUCCAUUUGAAGUACGUUUUAAUCCACAUACUGAACGUGUUGAAAUUUUAGAUUCAGUUGAUAAAUUUGAAACACUUGUAACACAAUUGAAUACAGAAAUAUUACAUUUAACGAAUGCAAUUUCAAAAUUACGUGGUCCAUUCCAUAAUUAAAUAAAAAACAAAAAAAUUUUAUAUUUUAUUUAAUUUAUGUAAUAUUUAGUUUAAAAAAAAAAAAAAGAAUCAAGAAUAUUAUCAAAAAGAAAAACAUUAUCCAUAUAUUAUAUAUAAAAUUAUAAUAUAGAAGACAUUUAAAAGUUUUAUAAUAUGGUGAUAAUGAAGAAAAUAUUAAAAUAAAACACAAAAAAAAUAUUAAUUAUGUAUAUUAAAAGAAAGAAGUAUUAUGUUUAUAAAUUAAUGGACCAAUUCAAAAUGUAUUAAAAAAAUUUAUAUUAAAUAAUUAUACAAUAAAAUACAUAUAUAUACAAAAUAUAUUGCUUAAAUAUAUAUGAAAAAUUAAAAAUAAAAUAAGACAAAAAAAAAAUUUAAAAAUAAAAAAAAAAUACAAAAAAAGAAAAUUUAAAAAUUUGUGAGACACGUUUUAAAUACAAAUAUAUAUAUAUAUACAUAUAUUUAGCAACACACGCACAUAUUUUUUAAAUUUAUUUUAAGUGUUUUUUUUUUACUCAAUUCACAAUUUUUUAUUUAUUUUCUCUAUAGUUUUUCUAUAUUUCAAUUUGUUAAUUUUUUAUUUUCAAGUAAUUUUCUUUUUAUUAAUUUCUAUUCAAUUAUUUGUAUAUAAAUUAUUUUAAAUUUAUAUUGGAGCUUAUUAUGAGUAUCGAAUUAUUAAGCGGUAGUGAUCUUUAUCGUAAGAAUUUCAAAAAUCUUUAUUAUAGACUUAAAUCAUUUGUAUAUGAAUUGGUUUGUGUUUACAAUAAUAAUAUCGAAUUUUUUAUGAUAAUUAUCGUUAUCACUUUUGGAUUCCAUACUUAGAAUAUUAAGCUCCAUUAAUUAUACAAAUAAUUUGUAAUUUAUUCAUUCUUAAUUUCAAAAAAUUAAUUAUUUUUUUUUUCAUUUUUGUUUCAUAUUAUUUUUGUAUUUAUAUAUAUGUAUGUAAAUUAUGGUAUAAUUUUUAUUAUAACUUUUAUUAUAAUUUUUAUUUUUAAUUUUUUUUUGUUUUUAAUUUGACCAAAAAUAUACAAAAAAAAUUUAGAGUAUUAAGGCAUCUCUCAUAAUUAUUUUACUAAAUAUAUAAUUUAUACAUAUGUAUAUAUUAUUUUUAUAUUACAAAAUAAAUAAAUAUUGCGAAAUAUAUUUAUUAUUUUUAAUAUAUAUAUAAUAAUAUAUAUAUGUAUAUCUAUAUAUAUAUUAGUAAUUAUAAAUUCACAUUAAUAU